ACUUGACGCGCGCAUGUGUAGGGGAGAUGUGACAUUUGAAUUUAGCUUUGAGACAAGAAUUAAGAAAGUUUGGUAGCAUAAACAUUUUAGUGAAAAUGUCUGGACGAGGAAAUUUAUUGUCUUUAUUUCAUAAAAUGACCGAGACUGCCGAAGUUUCUCAAUCUACUCAAGAGCAUACCAACGUAAGGGAAUUAUAUGCUGAGCCCUCUGCUUUGAGGGAAGAAUAUCAAAGAACUGCCAAAAACACAACUACAAUUGAUCUUGCGGCAUCUUGUAAUGGUCUUAGCAUUUCAAAUGGAAGGGGGCGUGCAAAUUUACUGCAUUUUUUUAAAAACGAUUCCUAUAAAAUACAAAAUGAAAAAAACAAAUCUGACCUCUCAUCAUCGUUAGAAGGACUCGCAAGUCAAGAUCAAAACAAAAUAUGUACUCUAAAAGAAAGUACUGAUUUAAAUAGUGAUAUUAACAAAAAUAUUAAUCCAAGCAUUUUAGGAAGUGAGUUUUUUUGUCCUAACACAAUUUACGGCACGAAAGGAUCGUUGGUUAAUUUGUCGUGUAAUUACAUAAGUCUAAGGUCAGACCCAAUGAAGGGAAUUUAUCUCUAUGAAGUACGAUUCAGUCCUGCUGUUGAUUCACUUCAUCUAAGGAUGAAGUAUUUAAAUGAACAUAAUAAAAAAUUCGGAGACAUUAAAGCCUUUGAUGGAACUACUCUAUACCUACCGAUUUUAUUGCAAAGCGAAUUGACAACUUUUAUUUCGAAAAGUUUUGAUAAUAAAGACAUUGAAAUAAGGAUUCUGUUUAAAAAAAAAGAGUCCCUUAAAAAUUGUAAACAGUUAUACAACAUAUUAUUUGAUCGAGUCAUGAAAACUCUAAAUUAUGUUAAAUUUGAUAGAAAGCAAUUUGAUCCAUCACGCCCGAAAAUAAUUCCAACAGCCAAGCUUGAAGUUUGGCCAGGUUACGUAACUGCUGUAGAUGAAUACGACGGUGGCUUAAUGCUCUGCUGCGAUGUAUCCCAUCGUUUGCUUUGUCAAAGAACGGUAUUGGAUAUGCUAGUAGAGAUAUAUCAAAAUAACAAGAGCAAUUACCAAGACAAAGCAAAAAAUUAUUUUGUUGGAAGUGUAAUUAUAACACGCUAUAAUAAUCGCACUUAUAGGAUUGAUGAUAUAUGUUUUUCACAAAACCCAUGUUCACAAUUUGAAACAAGAAUGGGAUCUAACAGUUACAUGGAUUACUACAAGAAUUACCAUAAUAUUACAAUUAAAGACGCCAAACAGCCAUUACUUAUUAGCUUAAAACAAUCAAAAAAAUAUUCGUUUUCUAAUACAGGAAACAUACAAUUUUGUUUAAUUCCGGAACUUUGUUAUCUUACCGGACUCCACGAUGAAAUUCGGGCCGACAAAAAACUAAUGCGUGAGAUUGCAACUUUUACUAGUGUAACGCCGAAUCAACGUAUAAUAGCGCUUAAUAAAUAUUUAAAAAAUGUAUCUGAAAACGAUGAUGCUCGAAAAAUUCUUGAAAACUGGGGAUUAUCGCUACAAAAAAACAAUGAUAAUAUAGUCGGUCGGAGAAUCGGUGCAGAGCUAAUUUAUUUUGCAAAACAAUGCGUAUCAGCUGGAUUGAGUGCAGAAUUUUCCAAAGAUGCGGUAAGGAACGAAAUGCUGGAAAUUGUUCAUUUAAACAAUUGGGUAAUGAUUCAUCACAAAAAUGAUUUAAAAGCUGCUAAAUCAUUUUUACAUAAUAUGCAGCGUUGCUGUGAAGCUUUUGGAAUGAACAUUCGUAAGCCAAAUAUUAUUUCUUUAGAAAAUGAUCGAAUAGACAUUUAUGUCGAUGCCUUACGUCGAAAUAUUUCCACCCAAACCCAAAUAGUCGUAUGUAUAUGUCAUACUAGCAGAGAUGACAGGUAUAGUGCCAUUAAAAAAAUAUGCUGUUCUGAGAUACCAGUGGCUUCGCAGGUAAUAAACUCAAAAACCUUAUCCAACGAAACAAAAAAUCGAUCUAUUGUUCAAAAGAUUAUUUUGCAAAUGAAUUGCAAAAUGGGAGGAUCAUUGUGGACUGUAAAAAUACCCUUUAAGAAUGUAAUGAUCUGUGGAAUAGACUCCUAUCAUGAUCCAUAUCAAAAGUGUAAUUCUGUGGCCGCAUUUGUAGCUUCGCUUAACUCAUCAUAUACUCAAUGGUUUAGUAAGGCUGCUAUACAAUCUGAAAAGGAAGAAAUUGUUAAUGGACUAACAUCAUCUUUUGAAGCUGCCCUAGAGUGCUAUAAGAUCCGAAAUGGUUAUCUUCCUGACAAUGUAAUUAUUUACAGAGAUGGAGUUGGAGAUGGCCAAUUAAAUUUGUGUGCCAUGUACGAAAUUCCACAAUUCGAAAGAGUGUGUGGUAAAAAUAUGAAAAUUACCUAUUUAGUAAUUCAAAAACGUAAUAAUACUAAAUUCUUUUUGAAUAAUGACAACAUAUAUGAAAAUCCAUUACCGGGGACAGUAGUUGAUAAAUACAUCACUAGAUCACACAUGUAUGAUUUUUUUUUGGUUUCACAAGCGGUACGCCAUGGUACAGUAAGCCCCAUGCAUUUCAUUGUUCUACGUGACGAUUCUAAUUAUGGACCAGAUAUUAUACAAAAAUUAAGUUAUAAAUUAUGUUAUUUGUAUUAUAACUGGCCUGGAACUGUGCGGAUUCCUGCAUGUUGUAUGGCAAAAGGAAGCGUGACAGAUCCCAUACAUUUUUUUUAAUUAAUUGUAAAGCACAAUACGCAUUUUGAAGUCAUAGAAUUUUCUUAUCGAUAAUGUGGCUUCAUCUAUUUAACGUAUCUUGAAUGCUCUUAGUGGAUUACUCCGAGCUAUUUGAUUGAACCGUUGAAGUUAGUACAUUGCCGGGCUUACAAUACUCCAAAAAUAUAUGACGUUCUGUUAAAGUCUUGAAUUCCUUCUAGUCGGGAGCAGCUAAACUCUGUUGCACCAUAAGUGAAGUGGCUUUGUUUCCCAUCAUCAAAUUGUCAAUCAUUAAUAUAUGUUAUAUUCAAAUUUAUGCAUAUUAUAAAUAUACAAUUCUGCACUAAUA